UGAAAGCAUUAUAGAAUCACGUAAUAGCAAUAAUGACGCGUCUACUCGGCCCCAAAACCUUUCCCCAACCGACUCCACCACACCGAUCCCACCGGACGAGACCCGCAGUAUACUAAAGCAGCAGCCAGCUGCGGCUAAGGUUAAACACCUGACAUCCAUCAAACAAGAUGAUUCGUCUGCAAAGGGGACGACGACGAUACUGGGUAAGAGGCGGGCAUCAGAAGACGCGGACGAUCCAGGGCACUCGGUGCCAGCGUCCAAACGCGUCAAGCCUUCUUUGAACGAUGGUGACCACAAGGCAAAAGAGGGUCUGACAGGAGCUGAACGAGGAGGCGUGGUGAACCCGGCUACGACCACUGCUCGACCGACGAAUGGAAGGAGACCGGUUACCGAGGGUGCAGUGAGGACUGUGUCAGGAGCGUCGAUUGCUGGGCCCGCUGCGCCUAACAAACCUGACUCGGUAGCGGUUCGUGCAAUCGGCCAUCCCAGUGGUGUCCGGCCUCAAUGGGGGGUUGAGGUGCGGGGAUCCGCGACACGGAAAUUGUUUGAGCUAUUCUUGGAGAAGGAGAUUAGACCAGGAUCCAAGCCAAAUGGAGCGAGAAGAACGCUGUCCGAGAGCAGAAAAGAGUGCUGA